AUGAAGUCCUCGAUCUUCGCAGGCCUCAUCGGCCUGACCAUCCUCGCCUCCGCGGCCCCUGCCGACAACAUCCGAAGAGCAAACGAUAUCGGCCACGAAGCCAAGGCACCACUCGACGCUCGUCAAGUUGGAUACCCAUACCCGACAGGCACUGGACUUUAUACCUUUCGACCUAUCCCAUACCCAACAGGCUAUUCUUCGUCCCUUUCAGUCUCUUCGCUACCGCCUAUUCCAUAUCCAACGGGAGUGGCUCCAUCAUACCCACCUGUGCCGGUAGCGACCGGCAGCUCGACAUGUCCCGUUGACGGCGCGGUCGUCUGCAAUGGACCGAACUUGUUUGGACUCUGCAACUUUGGUCAUGUUGUGUGGCAAUCGGUAGCUCUAGGUACCGCUUGCGAGGAUGGAAAGAUCGUUGGCACGGGCAUCUACGCCGUGCCUGGCCCAACGGCCGUUGCUAGCUCCUACAAGGCAUAA